ACGCCAGGCCAGGCUCCGUGCGGGCUCUAGGACCCGGCGGGAGCCGGCAGGGCCGCAGCGUGUGCGCAGCUGGGCUGAGAGUCGGAGCGGGGCAGCCUCUCACCCGGCAGGAUGGUGGUGGUGGGGAGUUACUGCCCGGGGAACGGCACCAUCUCCCAGCCAUGGACGCAGCAGGGGUUCUCCCCCUGUUUCUACUUCACGCUGGUGCCCACGGUGCUGCUGAGCGUCUGCCUCCUGCUAGGCGCCCUGCAGUACGCCUGCUACGCCCGCUUCGGCCGCGCCAUGGAGCCCAAGCACAUCCCCCGCUCACGCCUCUACCACGCGCAGGUGUUCCUCUCGCUGCUGCUGGCGGUGCAGCCCCUCGGCGCCCUCCUGUGGCAGGGGCUGGCUGCGGGCCCGCUGUACGGCUACGCGCUGCUGUACGGCUGCCUCUCGGCUGGGGGCUGGGGCUGCGCCCUCGGCCUCCUGCAGCUGGAGCACACCCGGGUGCUGGCACAGGACAGGACCAGAGGCCACGGCACCGUCCUGCUGCUCUUCUGGGCGCUGGCCUUUGCCGCCGAGAACCUGGCCCUGGUGUCCUGGAGGAGCCCCCUCUGGUGGUGGUCCCUGGGAGACGCCCCUCAGAAGGUGCAGUUCAGUCUGUGGGUGCUGCGAUAUGUCUGCACCUUCACCCUCUUCGUGCUGGGGAUGAAGGCCCCUGGGCUGCCGCACAAGCCCUACAUGCUGCUGGUGAACGAGGAUGAGCGCGAUGUGGAGAACAGGCAGGUGGGUCCCCCUGUCCCUCGCAGGUGUUGGGGGGGGGGCUGCAGGGGGGCGGAGGUCGUCACCACAACAGGGCAGUGUUGGGUUAUCGCAGUGGUUUGUGAGGUGUCAAUCCUGCUGGGAAAGGGUUCAGUGGGUCCUACUGGCUCACUGGGGUGGUAGCUCAGUGCCUCACUUGGACACAAGGGAGGUGGGAGCAGCUCCAUGAGGCGGGGAGGAUCUAGGGUGUGGGCUGAGCAGGUCAGAAGGAGGAGCCCUUGUAACAAAGCAGCCUUUGGCAGGACACAACUGAAAGUAUCAAAGUAAUUAGAGCAGGGCAGUUACAGCCCAAGGCUGGGGGUCCUUCA